CGGGCCCGACGCGCCCAGGGACAGGCAGCAGUACCUGCGGCAGGAGGUGCUGCGCAGGACCGAGGCCACGGCCGCCAGCACCAGCAGGUCCUUGUCCCUCAUGUACGAGUCGGAGAAGGUCGGGGUCGCCGCCUCCGAGGAACUCGUCCGUCAGCGCGGAGUCUUAGAACGCACCGAGAGGAUGGUGGACAGGAUGGACCAAGACCUGAAGACCAGCCAGAAGCACAUCAACAGCAUUAAGAGCGUGUUUGGGGGGCUCGUCAAUUACUUCAAACCCAAGCCGGCUGAGACCCCGGAGCAGAACGGCACCGUCGCCCCCCAGCCCAGCAGCAGAUUGCAAGAAGCCAUAAGCACAAGUAAAGAACAGGAGGCAAAGUACCAGGCCAGCCACCCGAACCUCAGAAAGCUGGAUGACUUCGACUCUGUCCCUGGAGGGACCGGUCCUGCCGUGAGCACUGACACUUACCCGAAGAACCCGCACCUUCGAGCCUAUCACCAGAAGAUCGACAGCAACCUAGAUGAGCUGUCCGUGGGACUGGGCCGUCUGAAGGACAUCGCGCUGGGGAUGCAGACGGAAAUCGAGGAGCAAGAUGACAUUCUCGACCGGCUGACGACCAAAGUGGACAAGUUAGACAUCAACAUCAAAAGCACAGAAAGAAAAGUUCGACAACUCUAAAGGCAGAGGAGCGUCGCCACCGCGUCGGCACGAGGUCUGCAGGAGCCUUUUUGUAACUCUCGAGAAAUUUCACUUAUUAUGUAUAACGUGUUUGCAAAUAUUUUAAUAGAGCGGGUCUUCAGGAAUUGUU